CAGCGAACCAGCAGCGGGGCAGACAGUAGCGCGGCAGCGGCAGCGUAUCAACUCAGUCUCCCGGAGGAGGACGACGGCUCUCUACUCUGCUGCUGUUCCACCCUUUUGUAAAAGACGCACUCUCCCUAAGUCCAGCAGGAUAGCUGACUAAAGCCGUCCGGUCCACACCGAGGUCCAGCGGGGAGGAGGACAGACAGAGAGACAGAGACAGAGAGACGAGGAGAAGUUAGCGCGCGACGCAAGAGACACACAGCGGAGACAGGAUGAAUCUCAAGAGUCAUUUGAUUUUCACCCUCUACACUAUUUAUGGGAUUCUUCUGAAAGUGAUGGCUUCAAAAGGCAAAGCUCGAGGCAUCAGCGGUCAGUACCCACUGGUUCAGAAUGUGACGGUGACAGAGGGUGGGACGGCGAACAUGACUUGCCGCGUGGAGUAUAAUGACAACACCUCCCUCCAGUGGUCAAACCCAGCACAGCAGACCCUCUUUUUUGGGGACAAGAAAGCUUUAAGGGACAACAGGAUCGAACUGGUGCAUGCGUCGUGGUCAGAGCUGACCAUCAGCAUCAACGAUGUCACGCUGACGGAUGACGGCAUGUACACCUGCUCUCUGUUCACCAUGCCCGUCAGAACAGCCAAAGCCUACCUGACGGUUCUAGGUGUGCCAGAGAAGCCGGAGAUCGAUGGCCUGACGAAGCCUGCGUUGGAGGGCGACGACAUCACUCUGACCUGCAUGACUCAGGGCAGCAAGCCCGCUGCCGACCUGCGCUGGUUCAGAAACGAAAAGGAGGUCAAAGGUGCCAAAGAGGUGAAUGCAAGCGGGAAGACAUUUACAGUACGCAGCUCUCUGCAGCUGCACGUGGACAGAAAUGAUGAUGGAGUGGCCUACACCUGCAAAGUGGACCAUGUGGCCCUCGCACAGACACCACAGCAAGCCACCGAAGUACUGGAGGUCCACUAUGCUCCUCGUGUGCAGAUCAUCCACUCCCUUGCUGUCCCCCAGGAGGGUCAGUACUUAAAGCUGGAAUGCGUGUCCAAAGGAAACCCUUCGCCAGAUCCUGUGAUGUGGACAAAGGACGGCGGUGAACUUCCUGACCUGGACAGGAUGAUUGUAGAGGGGAGGGAGCUCACCUUUACUUCACUCAACAAGACGGACAACGGCACCUACCGCUGUGAAGCCGGCAACCACUUAGGGACCAGUAGUGCUGAAUAUGUGCUCUACGUCUACGACAUCCCCACAACCCUGCCUCCAUCCACCACCCCCCCCCUACAUCCCAUCCGUCCAGAUCCCACCACCCAAUCAGGCACCCGCGCCUCAGACCCCACAGUCACUGACAGCAGAGAUCCCAAUGCUCUGGGGCAGCACGGCACCGACCACGCCCUGAUUGGAGGAGUGGUGGCCGUGGUGGUCUUUGUCACCCUGUGUUUAAUCAUUGUUCUGGGAAGAUACCUGGCCAGGCAUAAAGGAACGUACUUGACAAACGAGGCCAAAGGGGCGGACGACGCGCCCGACGCCGAUACGGCCAUCAUCAACGCCGAGGGCAACCACGCGCACGCAGAAGAGAAGAAAGAGUACUUCAUUUAGACUGCAGGGGGAGCUGUGCAGCUCUCUUUCUCCUUUCCCCUCUCUCUCUCUCUCUCUCUCUAUCUCUCUCUCUCUCUCUCCUCUCUCUCUAUGUCUCCCCCUUUUCUUCUUCAUGUCUGACCACUGCCCCGCCGUGUCAACAAGGAACCAGGCAGCGCGCAGACAGAGGAGCCCCUUCAGUGUUUUUCCUAUUGCUUUUUUUUUUUUUUCUUGAUCUUUUACAUCUGGUGUUUUCUCUCCGUUUUUUUUUUUUGGCAGCCGGUUUUCACAGGCAGCCGGCUGUCGCUGCCGAAGGUGUCCCCUCGUCUUUGACAUAAAAUGCCUGGAAGUCUGUGUAACUACCAUGACUGCUUCUUACAUGAGCCCUUCUGCACCCUGUUUCCCUCAUAAGCAGGCAUCCCAACACACACACACACACACACACACACACACGCAUAUCCUCUUUGUUCAAACACGCUCACAAACACAUAUCAUAUAUCACAUCAACACGGUGCCUAAAAAUACAGACGCCAUUGAACUUCUGUCAAUGCCUUCAUGUAUCGUCUGUCGGUAGCAAUGUAAAUGCUUUGUAGAUGGGUUCACUGGACCAUCAUUUCAUUAAUUAGCUCACAGCUUUAUACUAUACAUUGCGUCUCUUUUUUUAAAUUAUUUUAAUAAAACUCUUUGCUGUUUACGCCUUAUACAUGUCUAUCACACUGAAUAUGCUACUUUUAGAUCCACCUCCCCCAACCCCAGCCCCUCUAAAUAGACGUGUAAUUAAACAGUUGAUCCAUGUAAGAUAAGAAGAAGGUUUUGUGUAACACUGUAGCAAGGCUUGUCAGAUAAGUGUGUUAUAUGAUUUUCAUUAUUAGAAUAGGGAUAAUAAAGGGUGGUGUGGUAUUGUUUAGAGCAGAUAACACACACACACACACACAGAUGCUAGAUGAAGCAUUCCAUCAAAUAAACUCAACCAAGUGUAUAAAACCAUUUGCUAAAUCUGCUGUACUUUUGUCUGUAUAUUCUUGCACUGCCGAAGUUGCAGUUUAGUGAACCACCAACACCUUCAGUGUCCUCUUGACAGCUUACAAUAGUUUGUGAUUCACAUAUUGGGUUCAGGUGUACAGAAAUAAUUAAUCUCUUCUCUCUAAAGGCUGUAAAAAUUGUAAUGAAAUGAGUUUAGCUUUUGCUUUAAUUGGUUUAUUUUUUAUGUUACGUCACAUUCAAAUAAUUUUUUAGGCUUACGGACCCUUUGAAAUGUAAAAUUAAACGUUUAGAGUCGAGUUGGUCAAAAAAGUACACAGUUACAGGAUGAAUAUAAAAAAAUCCCUGUUGAAUUCAUUAUUUUCUCAAUCGUAUAGUGGAUGUUGGUUACCUUUUGUAAGCUUGAUAUGCUGGCAGGUUUUCACUGUGGGUUUUAUACACACUUCUGUUUAUUUACUGGAUUAUGAACAAACAUGCAGUAAUAUUAACAUUUUAUUCAAAGAGUGAUAACAUCAGUUUGACCAACACCACAUCAUACACCACAUUUGCAGCUCCAAGCUUCAAGCUAUUUAGUUAAAUGGUUUGUAUCACCCACAUGUCUUCUUGCUAAAUGCUCUACUUAUUUUCCUUUUGUCAGAGUCACUUGCCAUGAGCUGAACUUUGAUUUCCAUUUCAUAGGGUCUUCAAGCAAAAAAAAAAAAAAAAAAUGUAAAAUAGACGUGUGAGUGCUGGGUUGUGGAUCUGCAGGGGCCUCCUUUCCAAAACUGAAGACAAAUUGAGAAGCACAAAAAUGUCUGAAUGAGUAACUGUGUUCCUUUGGCAACAAUUAGAUUGCCUUGGGAAUGGUUCUACUAUUCAAAUGUGUAGUGGGAAGACAACACGGCUGUCUUUCAUCCAAUUCAUGGAGGGGAAAUACAAUGCAUCUUUUUGAAAAUGUAAGCUAAAACAUGUUUUUAUUCAAAAUAUUGUAAUAGUUUUGGUUUAAAUGGUUCAAACUCCCUGCUGUGUAUUGUGUCUGCUAAAAUGUGGUUGAUUGUGAAAAUUGCUGUUAAAUUCUGGAUUCCUACAAAUUUGUAUAUUAGCCGCGUUAUCUAUUUACUUUACUUUUUCAUUGAAUAGUCCUUAUUGAAGAACUUUUAAACAAAAGCAUUUGGUUCUGGCACAAGGCAUGUAUAUACUGGGUGAAGACAAAACUUUGGUAAUCCACAUUAGCAUGUUUUUGUUUGGCUCAUAUUUUUUAUUUAUUUGAACUGAAGUUAUUUAAGAGAUAACCACAAUGAAAAUGUGUUUGUAACUUAAUUUUGGAGAGCAGCGGCUUCUUGUGUUGGUGGCGUGCUCUCGGGUGCUACAGAUCAGAAGGAUUGGGAUGUGAUUAACACAACAACAACAACAAAAAACUGCAAAACUGAACGGAAAUAACAGAAAUCCUUAAAAUGCUAAUUAGAAUUGAAAAGUAUCCAAGGAUAAAUUGCCUUUAUGUCGGAGGCGUUUAAAGUUUCACGCGCUCUUUCACAAACAUAACCUUGUGAACAACUUCUGUUUCUUUUCAUCACUGCCAUUCGUCUUUCAUUUAGCUGAUUUACUCUCCUUAGCGAUAAACAAUGUGACGUCUGAAGCUAAAGAGUUAAAAGGCAAGCCGCUAAUCUACCAAGAUGGAGCAAAUUAUUACCAAGGGCAAUAAAAUAGUGGGCCCAGCUGUCUCCAAUUCAGUGGCCAAUUUACAACAUUAUGCAAAUAAGGUCAGCAAGUAAAGUCCUUCUGGAUGCGUCUCCAGCACUGCUGGAGUGAAUCACAAGUUGGGAAUAAUUAAACCUAUCACCACCGAUGUAGAAUUUAGGAUGCAUAUUACAUUUAGAUAUAUUUUAAGAAUGCAAAAGCUUUGUCACAGUUUCCAUAUUUUUUUUUCAUUUUAGUGCACUUAAACCAAUAUACCACCACAUGUUUGUCUUCAACUUCUGGGCCAAAGCACUCUAGACUGGUUUCUGCUCUUCUUGAUCUUCUGUAUCACAUUCUGUACUUUUAUCCCAUUGAUGUUUUUUUUUACUUUCUAUAUAGUUUCUAUAUUGUUGUGUCUUAAUUGAUGAUGUGCCAGUAAAAUUCUGCGUUGCUUUAGGCCCUUAUAUCAAUCUUAGGAAUAGGAGAGUGGACAAAUGGAUCUGUUGAUUCUGAAUUCAGAGAAACAGAUUGUUUUUUUAUUAAACGAACACUUGUGAAUUAUCAGGUCUGCAGUGAUUAAAUUGGUGUUUAGAAAUUAAACAGGUGCCACUUACUGAAUUAUGCACUCUUACUAAUUGGAUGGAUAUUUCUUAGAAAAUGCGUGUGUUUUACUUUUGUUGUUUUGUUUCUUUCUGAAAACCAUAUGUAAAUAUGGCAGUAAUGAACUCAUUUGUUGCAUUUGGCUUUUUAUGAUGGUUUUACACACAUAUAUAUAUAUAUAUAUAAUUUGUCUAACAGCCUGGCACAUACCAUUAUCAACUAUUUUACAAUGAUAGAAUCAACUAUCAUAGUAGGAAUCAUCAUUGGGUCAGUUAUUGGUCUGAAUCUAUAUUGUCUUGUCGGUCGAAACUAAGCUUUAAAAUGUUUGCGUCCUGGCUUUCCAGCAUAUACAUGUUUGGUGUGUAUCCUCUACAUCAUGGGCCUCUAAUUUCAGCCUGGCGGCAAGACAGUAGCAGCGCUAAUGUGGCCGCCGCGCGCCGUCGUCAUUGGGCACCCUUCCAUUUAACCCAUUUGCCUCUGUUUUGUUUCCUGGCUCCAAACGAACCCGCUUCCUUUGACUGGCGUCGGGAGGCGUGCAGCUGAGAUAGCUGCUUAUUUAUGCAGAUCAGGCAGUAACUUUGGCAUGAAAUCACCCACAAUUUUGAGAACAUUCUUCGUGUUGGCGGUUGCAAAUAUCCGACUUGUACAAAAUGAUGUUUGUGUGACUUUUAUUGGUACACGCUUUGUCCACUGUGUUAGCCAAAAGUGGACAAUAAUAGAAACACAUUUUAAUAUACUAUUAAGUUACUGUCAAUGUUGAACAAGGGCACUCAUACAGUUGCGUUUUAUGACGACAUCAUAGCACAGGAUUUCAGUGAAAUGAAAAAGUUUAGCUUUAAAAAAGGACAUCAGAGAAUCCAUGGACACAUUUGGGGAGCUGCAUGUCUGUUUCUCUUAAAGAGGGAAGCUGAUGAUACUGGUGAUCAUUGACGCUUGUCCAAACUCACACCUGAUGAUUCCACAUCGUGUACCCGUCCUGCUACACACUUUUUUUACCACAUGCAUUUUUGCGCUAGCAAUUGUCCCCAGUUUCGUGAAAUUAGAAGCCCAUAUCACCUAAAACUACAAACUCUUCUUCCCUUAUUUGAAGAAGUGAUGAAUAUGAAAGUAGCCACUCUGAGACAUACUCUGUUUGUUUUUUUCAUGAACUAUGUGGGUUCACAUUUAGGUUCAAGGUCAAGGUUUUGUCCUGAUCAGCAGUGAUAAUACAAACCAGUCAUAUCGCUCCUCAUCCGAGCCGCCAUGUGUUUGUACAGUUUGGUUUCAGCGCAUUUCAUUGUUUGUCUGCAAUAUUGAAACUAGAAUCAAUCAUCCUAGUCUCUAUAUUGUCACAACGAUGACAAGUGACACAAUCACACAUAGAGAUGUUUUUUUUCUCAUAUAAUUAACUCUCUUUCUUUUGUUUUGCAUCUCAGGAAUUUGUUUCAUUUAGGUGUUUUUUGAUUUGUAUUCUGUCUAAAAAUGGGGACUUGUUGGCACUUCUCACUCUGCUUCUGUAGUCUCUGAAUGCUGACACCAUGUGUUUGUUGAGUUUAAGAUUAUCGCAAUGUUAAUAAAGUUAUUCAGUGAUUCUUCA